AAACUGAAAAUGGAGGGGUAAAGAGAAAUUAUCCAUGAACUGAAACGCAGAGAAGAAGUUUGGAUAACAUUGGAGUUUGCAGGAAUCACCGGAGGGAUACAGAAAGCUAUGCUGACGAUUCUAUCAAACCCUCUCUCUCCGAAGCUUACAGUUCUAUGUGAAAGCCUCGGGAUCUUGACAUGUCGGAGUAAAAGACCGACGUGUUGUUCGUUGAGUGAAGAACCAAAGUACCAAAGCUUGAGUAGGAGGAAUCUUGUUUACGUUUUAGUUUCUACACCGUGUUUGUUUGCAACGUUACCUUCGUCUGCAAAGACUAAAUCAAAGAGCCCUUAUGACGAGAGGAGGUUACUAGAACAGAACAAGAGGAUACAGAGAGAGAACAAUGCUCCUGAUGAGUUUCCCAACUUUGUUAGAGAAGGUUUUGAGGUUAAGGUAGUAGCUUCAGAUAAUUACAUAAAGGCUGAUUCAGGUCUUAUAUACCGAGAUUUCGAUGUUGGUCAAGGUGAUUGCCCUAAAGAUGGUCAGCAGGUGACUUUUCAUUAUAUUGGAUAUAAUGAGUCUGGAAGACGAAUAGACAGUACUUACAUACAAGGAUCUCCUGCUAAGAUCCGCAUGGGAACCAAUGCACUUGUUCCAGGGUUUGAAAUGGGCAUUCGUGACAUGAAGCCUGGUGGACGAAGAAGGAUCAUCAUACCUCCAGAACUGGGACCUCCGGUGGGACCUUCGACCUUCUUCAGCUCGAAGCAGUUUGAAGUUUUUGACGUGGAGCUGGUUAGUAUCCAGAGCUGUGAGAGGAGGACAAUAGGAUUCUACUCUGAUGUCACUUGCAGUUAACUACCUGAGUGAUGUUAUCGUCACUAAAGCUUCAUUGAAUCUGUACUCUUCUUGGUUGUUCUCUGAAACUCAAAAUAUGCUUAGGCUUUUAUCUUGUGGGGUGGUGGGGGUUUCAUGUUGCAUAGAGCUAGCAAGAUCAUCAUGUAAAGUCUUGACCUUUUUCAUAAACAUGGUUAUCGUUUC